UCUCCCCUAAGGUGCCUGCUCGGGCGAUUGCGAAGCGCCCAUCUUCCCAGUGCGGGCAAAACCUGGAGAGGUGGAAUCCCCCUCCCGGAGCGCCGGCGGCACUGAGCAUGCUCCGUUGUCAGGCAGGUUCGGAGCUGUGAGGAGCUUUUGCGCCUCACGGAUUCUCCUCCUGCCGCGCGUUCUCCUCCCCAGCCGGGAGCCGGCGCAUGAUGGCGGCAGCGACAGGGAGCGCCAGCGGCGGCGGCGGUGGCGGUGGCGGUAGCAGUAGCAGCGACACGUCAAGCACUGGCGAGGAGGAGAGGCUGCGGAGCCUCUUCCAGACGUGCGACGGGGACGGGGACGGCUACAUCAGCAGAAAUGACUUGUUGAUGGUCUGUCGCCAACUGAAUAUGGAAAGUUCUGUGGCCGAGAUCAUGAAUCAACUGGGUGCAGAUGAAAAUGGGAAGAUUUCCUUUCAGGAUUUUACAAGGUGCCGCAUGCAACUCAUUAGAGAAAUUAAGAAGGAGGAAGUAGAGCUUUCUAUGGAGUCAGACAACUCCUGUAAAAAGAAGCUGAGGGAUAGAAUUGCUUCCUGGCCCACAAGCAGUGACAACAGUUUGGACCUAGGUGCCUUAUUCGCGGCCAGGGAGAGCUGGGAAUACGACUCAGGUGCCAGGGACCUCCAGAGCCCGGACUUGCAGAGCCAGUCAGCGCUGGCCCUGCAGAAGCUGCUCGAGUAUAGCGGAAGCUCUCUGCGUCAGCAGGCUGCUCUCCACAAACUGCUCACACAGUCUCCACACUUUGGCAACUCUGUAGGACGAAGCUGUCUAGAGCUGGCCAAUACGCUCCAUUUGGCAGCCCUGGCAUCACUAAAGGGAGAUAUAGUGGAGCUUAAUAAACGUCUGCAGCAAACAGAACGGGAACGGGACCUUCUGGAAAAGAAAUUGGCCAAGGCACAGUGUGAGCAGUCCCACCUCAUGAGAGAGCAUGAGGAUGUCCAGGAGAGAACGACGCUUCGGUAUGAGGAACGCAUCACGGAACUCCACAGCAUCAUUGCUGAGCUCAAUAAGAAGAUAGACCGCUUGCAAGGCACCACCAUCAGGGAAGAAGAUGAGUAUUCAGAGCUGCGAUCGGAGCUCAGCCAGAGCCAACAUGAGGUCAAUGAGGACUCUCGAAGCAUAGACCAAGACCAGACCUCUGCCUCCAUCCCCGAAAACCAGUCCACCAUGGUCACUGCUGACAUGGAUAACUGCAGUGACCUCAACUCGGAACUGCAGAGGGUGUUGACGGGGCUGGAGAAUGUCGUGUGUGGCAGGAAGAAGAGCAGCUGCAGCCUGUCCGUGGCCGAGGUGGACAGGCACAUCGAGCAGCUCACCACAGCCAGCGAGCACUGCGACCUGGCCAUUAAGACGGUUGAGGAGAUUGAGGGGGUGCUCGGCAGAGAUCUGUAUCCCAGCCUGGCUGAGGAGCGGUCCCGCUGGGAGAAGGAGCUGGCUGGCCUAAGGGAAGAGAACGAGAGCCUGACCGCCAUGCUGUGCAGCAAAGAGGAGGAGCUCAACAGGACCAAGGCCACCAUGAACGCCAUCCGGGAGGAGCGGGACCGGCUCCGCAGGAGGGUUCGAGAGCUUCAAACUCGACUACAGAGCGUGCAGGCCACAGGCCCCUCCAGCCCUGGCCGCCUCACUUCCGCCAACCGCCCAGUUAACCCCAGCACUGGGGAGCUGAGCACCAGCAGUAGCAGCAAUGACAUCCCCAUUGCCAAGAUUGCUGAAAGGGUGAAGCUCUCAAAGACAAGGUCCGAAUCCUCAUCAUCUGAUCGGCCAGUCCUGGGCUCAGAAAUCAGUAGCAUAGGGGUAUCCAGCAGCGUGGCGGAACACCUGGCCCACUCUCUUCAGGACUGCUCCAACAUCCAGGAGAUCUUCCAGACACUCUACUCGCAUGGAUCUGCCAUCUCUGAAAGCAAAAUUAGAGAGUUUGAGGUGGAAACAGAACGGCUGAAUAGCCGUAUUGAACACCUCAAAUCCCAAAACGACCUCCUGACCAUAACCCUGGAGGAAUGCAAAAGUAACGCCGAGAGGAUGAGUAUGCUGGUGGGAAAGUACGAAUCCAACGCCACGGCGCUGCGGCUGGCCUUACAGUACAGUGAGCAGUGCAUAGAAGCCUAUGAACUCCUCCUGGCCCUGGCCGAGAGUGAGCAGAACCUCAUCCUGGGGCAGUUCCGAGCCGCUGGUGUGGGCUCCUCUGCUGGAGACCAGUCAGGGGAUGAAAACAUCACUCAGAUGCUCAAGCGAGCUCACGAUUGCCGGAAGAUGGCUGAGAACGCUGCCAGAGCCCUGCUGAUGAAGCUGGACGGCACCUGCGGGGGAGCCUUUGCAGCAGCCAGCUGCAGUGUGCAACCCUGGGAGAGCCUCUCCUCCAACAGCCACACCAGCACAACCAGCUCUACAGCCAGUAGCUGUGAUACCGAGUUCACUAAAGAAGAUGAGCAAAGGCUGAAGGAUUAUAUCCAGCAGCUCAAGAACGACAGGGCAGCCGUCAAGCUGACCAUGUUGGAGCUGGAAAGCAUCCACAUCGAUCCCCUCAGCUACGACGUCAAGCCUCGGGGAGACAGCCAGCGGCUGGAUCUCGAAAACGCCGUGCUGAUGCAGGAGCUCAUGGCCAUGAAGGAGGAGAUGGCUGAGCUGAAGGCCCAGCUCUACCUACUGGAGAAAGAGAAGAAGGCCCUGGAGCUGAAGCUGAGCACUCGGGAGGCCCAGGAGCAGGCCUACCUCGUGCACAUCGAGCACCUGAAGUCUGAGGUGGAGGAGCAGAAGGAGCAGCGGGCACGUUCCCUCAGCUCCACCAGCAGUGGCAGCAAAGACAAGGCUGGCAAGGAGUGUGGUGACGCUGGCUCCCCAGCUCUAUCACUGGCCGAAUUAAAGACGGCGUGCAACGAGAGUGAGCUGGCUGCGGAGUUCGCCAAUGCCAUCCGUCGAGAAAAGAAGUUGAAGGCCAGAGUUCAAGAGCUAGUGAGCGCCUUGGAAAGACUCACCAAGAGCAGUGAAAUCCGACACCAGCAAUCAGCAGAGUUUGUUAAUGACCUAAAACGGGCCAACAGCAACCUAGUGGCUGCCUAUGAGAAAGCAAAGAAGAAGCAUCAGAACAAACUGAAGAAGUUGGAGUCUCAGAUGAUGGCCAUGGUGGAGAGACAUGAGACCCAAGUGCGGAUGCUCAAGCAAAGAAUAGCUCUGCUGGAGGAGGAGAAUUCAAGGCCACACACCAAUGAAACUUCACUUUAAUAGGCUUUCAGGCACUACAAUUCUGCUUGUGGAAACUAAACUAUAGCAGGCCACUGAGGGGAGGAGGGCCCCAGGGAACAGAGUACCUGUUGGGAAAACCAAUAAAGGGAAGGUUGGCAGGCAGAUCAGCACUUGGAUAAUGGAAUGCCUUGGUCUUAACCCUGGGGGGAGUUGCCAUGUUGACACUGUAUGGACAAUUUCCAGGGUGGGAUCCUGUUCCCUCCCAGGCCCUUAGUGGUAAAUGCAUACUGUGUGCCGUGCUCAAGCAGUACCUUGCUUCUGCUCUCAGCACUCACUUGUUCAUUCUGCAACCUUUUCUUCAAGUUCUGGAGGCUGUGCAUCAACUGGAUCCUAGUCAUACGCUUUAUAGGAUUUUCCAUUCUUCUUUUUGGUAAACAGUGGGCUUAUCUUCUGCAUCCAGUUUCUCCUUUCUUCCUUCUUUAGAGGAAAAUGACACAUGGCUGGGGGGAGGGGGGUGUCCAACAUCUAGAAGAACUGCUGGUUUGCUUAUUGCAACAAGGCUUUGGUUUUUAAGUCCCGCAUAUCAACUCCAAAAUACAGGCUGUCACUCAGAAGGCUCUAUCUUGGAGUUACAGAUCACACAGGAAGGUGGCACACAGGUGCCAAUUAUAUAUCCAGAGACACUCAAGUUAGAAGUAAGGCAACCCCAGAGUUGUGUCUGAACAAUUCUGUAUUGAAAGGAUAAAAAUUUUCUUUACCUUUCAUAUUGGAGGCAGGGGUUGAAAAGCAGAGAAGCAUUUUUUAGCACUUUAUUCCCCCCAGUCAGACAUAAUUACUGCUCUGUAUGAAAUCAAAACUGAUCCACAUAGCUUUGGACACAUCUCUAUUUCUCUAAGAGUUAGAGGCUGUGCAUUAUCAAACAAUGAGUGUUUUACAAAGCUGGUCCACCUAUUUUAAGGUUGCUACUGAACCCCCAGUUCAAGAAUUCACUACUUUCAUCAUAGGGGUAGGCAGAUGGUUGCUAAGGCCUCCAUUCCCCACCAAGAGACACAGUAAUGGUUUGCAUUUGGUGCUUAAACAAGUUAAAUUUCAAGCAAAAUGUUGCCAGGGUUAGGCAAGACCAAAGUAUCUGAAUUCUUUCAGGAAGGUCUAACAUCUUAAAUUCUUUAUUCCUUUUUCAGUGUAACUCCUGUUUCACCCCUCCCUUCUUUGUUUUUCUGCAGCUGCCCUAUAUUUUAAAGGCCAAAGACCCCAAUGAGAAAGGUAUCUCUCAAAACACCAGUUAACUACAAACUCAAGUGCAUUCAAGUACCUGUGUCCAUGAGCUAAAGGUCUGUUCUCAAGAGUGUGAUUCGAGUUCCUCAGCCUCCUGCACGACAGAAAGGGAUAAUCCAGCCACCACCAAGGAAGGGCAGGGCAGUUCUAUCCCAAAAGCAAUCUGCUUUCUUUCUCAGGCCAACAGUGAGGCUGCCCUGUUUGGGGGGUGGGGGAGGAGGCAUCAUCUGAUAGCUUUUGGGUGCUUUGUGAAAAUGCCCACUGGCUCCCAUUUCUGUUUGCAUUUAUCAUUUAGUCAAAUUGGUUCUUGUAAGCAAUUUUUUAAAUCAGUUUUUACUCUGGAUAAAUUUGCUUUUGUCUCAUGGAAAAUGUUGUAGCUAAAAAGUACUGAAAAAAAAAAAACUAUAUAAUAGAUGAACUCAUGGUUUUCACCAUUUUCACAGCUUGCCUAAAGAAAUGUCUUUCCCUGAGCAAACUGGGAUGUGCAUAGUGGUGAACUAUUCAUAGCGCUUUUAUCGAAUGAACAGAUUUCAAAACGGAUAGUUUUCUUUUUCACCAACAAGGCACUGAAAAAUGUGGUUAAAGCCAGAAUAAAAUCCUGCUAGCUGACCUAUAGCUACCAUUUUUGCUCCAAGUUAAAACAGAGAACCCACACUUUUAGGGUCAUGUAAUUCCUCCAGACAAGAGACAUCUCAGCUCCUCCAUUCUGGGCCCCCACUAUUACUGAUUCUACCUGGCCUUAUUUUGAGUUUAUACUUCAAUAUACUACUCUAAAAUAUGUGGUGACUGGCUGAAAACUAUUUCCCAGGCAAAAGUGUUACUUUUAUAAAUGUGUAGAAUAAAAGAAUUUAUUAAAUGGUUGAUUUCCUUUCCUUGCAUCUUUUAAAUCCUAACAAACAAUACAUGUUGAAGUUGAACCACCAGACACUUGAUUAAUCUCAUUGAUUAGAUAAAUGAUUUUCAGGUGCCUGGGUAACUUUUUGUAUAACCUUGCUUUCCCUCAAUUUUUCUCUGAACAGGAGCUGAUUAUACUCCCUCAGGGGUAUAAACAAUGACUUGUUUCUAGCUUGUAGGUUUAAAAACCUUCAGUUUCAUAUUUUUAAUCAUUUUGUUCCAGUUUCCUCAGUAGUUACCCCUUUUAGGCAAUCACCUUCUCUGUUCAGAGUUAAGUCUUGGGCUCUUGGUGAAAUGGGCAUUGGAAAAAAGGACCCCAUUUCACAGUUCCACUGAAUUAAGGCAAACAAACCUGAGUUUUCAAAAAGUCACAGGCAAGAGACUUGUGUUCCUAGCUAGAGUGCGAUCACUGCUUUGGGUCUACCAGCUACCAAAGUUGCCAUGGACUUGUAAGCAGUAAGAUUCCUCUUUGAGAUCUGCACCAAAAGUUAUUUAUGAUGAUUAAAUAUCUUAUGUAAUCAGACAAUUGAGAUAUAUCACACCCUCCCUGGCUCUCAUGCUCCAGCCCUAGAUGUAUACUAGAUGUUUCAUUGUUGCCAAUGGAGGCAAUUAACUGUUUUUUACUCAUUCUCAUCUGCUGGCAUGUCAGGUUUCUGAAGGUUAAUGUUCAUGAUGCCUGAAACUGGAAUGUUAACGCCAGUUAAACAUAAUUGCUAAUCCUCCUGUUAGAUGCAUGUUCUCUUUAGUAAGUCUUCCUCUGAGCCUGUAGCAGUACUUUACAGAGACCCCAGAGAAUUCUAAUUUAGAGCUUUAAUACUCACUCUAGAAACAAAGGCAGUCUCAAACUUAACAGAGUAUAGGCUUUUUCUUAAAAAUUGGUAAAACAGACAGUAAAGAUAUUACUACUCUGAGAAGAAUUUGAAACUAUUUUCCUAGUUUCUAGCUGAAUACAGAUUACAUUAUUUUAAGUGAAAAAACUGCCCCACAGUUGGUGCUGUACUAGCUCACUGGCAUGAAUUAAAAACCUUUGAGGGCUGCCUUUUCUCUACUAAAAGUGUUUUUGAUGACCUUAAAAAUUAUCCUGCUAUUAUUUUUUAAUUCUAUCAAUUACCUUAAUUCAAAGGCCUUAAGAGUUUGGGUUAAUACUGACAUGCUUAUGUUCUAAAUGAAGUGAUAAAAGACAUAACUACAAAAUACACCAAAACUUUUAAUGAUUUCUCAAAGUGUCCUUUUUCAUUAAGCUUUAAAUCAUUUGCAAAUGAGUGAUAGAGAGUAUGCCCAUCCAGUCUAUAUAUAAAAUUAAAGUGGAAAAAUCAUGUUCAGUAAGUUUACAGCUGCACCCACUUCAAGAGGCAACAAAUAGAACUAUAGCGAAAAGUUUUUAGCAUCCAAAAGGAGAUAAAUUUCUCUGGUUUAAAUUCUGCACUUGAACCUUAAUGAGGGUGCAACUAUAGGCUUCCCAAGGUUUUCUGUAGGGGCAAAGGGAUGCUGCAUAGUAACAUUUUUGUUUUUCUGCGGAUGACAGCUUUGUAGGAUGCUAUUUAAAAACAAAUAACAGCAAACUCCAGGGUUGGGAGUAAGUCAUACAGCAAUUAUUUUUCUACUUACCCAACAGAACAGCAUAUUUGACAAGGAACAAUAAAAAUCACCACCUUUCUACUUCUGGGUACUGCUUUGUAAAAGAAGCAAUACUUGUUACAGAAGAAAAAUUUUGCCUUUCCUGAACAAGCAGUUCUUCUUGAAAUUUAUCAAAAUCCUACUCCAGUUAAUUGAAACCUUGUGUUUAAAUAGGCUCAGUAAAGUUAGCUCUGAACCUGUGGCCUUCUGAAGAACCUCCUGCUUCAUACACUUGAUGUUACUAAUUAAAUGUAUCUGCAUUCACUGAGAGAGAAAUGCCUUAGUGAAUCAGUUAAGAACCAGACUUACCAAUUCAUGAAAUGCUGGCUUGCUAUUACCACAGAACAUGCAGCAGCUGUUAAAAUACAAUUGAAUGAAAAAGGAUGCAAGUUGAAUGGCAGCUGUUCAUGCAUUCUUGUUUUGCUAAUACCUGUGUAGUUUCACAAGCAAAUGACCAUUACAUUUUUGGUUAAAUGUAUAUAUUGAUUAUAUUGGAUAAAUUCUCUAUCACAUUGAAUCUGAGUGAGAUUUUACAUGUGACUAAGAACAAAAAUAAAUAGAUCACUUUGACCCAGCAAUAGCAACUGUCACCAGAUAACCAGAUCCUUGACUAGUAGUACUUUGACUUUCCAUGCUAAGGUUAACUACGAAGCACUCAUCCAUUAAUCACCUAAAAUAUAAGAUCAGCAGAAUACAACAAAAGCUAUAUUCAAAAUCCCCCUACAUUCACAAAUACCCUGCUAAUUGUUUAGUUGUUCUCACUCUACUAUCCACUUUUGCAUUUUUAGCAAAUCAAAUCCAUAUGGAAAAAUGUUCUUUUUGUAGAACUCAUAUAAAUUCACUUAGAGUGCUCGAGGUAGAACUGGAAAGUGAAUGAAAGCCCCUAAUAAUCUGCUUUUGUUUGAACUUAAUAUAAUGAGACAGUUAACUUUUCUAUUUCUAAUCAGUUUUUAAAUAUACUGUCAAGAUUUUUUUCUUUGCAUGGGAUUUAGGUUUCCUACAUUUUGAAAACGUGCUACUUUUAUACCACUUGAAUUAACAGAAAAAUCUGCUUGAAUGUACUGUCAACUAUUAAAGCACAUGUGACUAAGUUUGCAUUUAGUUAGUAUUGUUUUACUGUUUGUAUUGAUAGUCUCAAACUUUAAAGCUGCCUCUCAGCACUGUACUAUACCUUGCAGUUUUUAAGAUUCUUGUACGCUUUAAAUGUUUCCAGAUGCCUUUAGUUUUAGCUGCUGUGAAAUAGCUACUUUGUGUUAUUUGAUAUAGGAUUGUUUAAAAAAUCUUCAUUUAUUUAUACAGAGAUUUAUAAUAUUUUACAAACAUUCUUAUAUUCUCAAUAAAUAUUUCUAAUGCCAUGAUGUA